GCAUCGCCGUUCCCACGGGCUCGGUGCGUCCGGAGAGGCAGAGCGCGUUCGGGAGGGCCGUUGAUUAGACUGGAAAUCCCGCCUCUGGCCCUGCGGAGUUACGGCGUCGUGCCUUCCUUUAGCAGCAGUGCCUGUGGGGAAUGUGCUGUGAUUGACAGAUCGCCCCUCCGUUCCCCGUAGAGCUUCAGGGUCCGACUAACUCUGGGUGCACUCGGUUGUCAUCGUAAUUUCUCCUUUAGUUUGCUUAAAACCAAACUUUUGUGUUUGUUUCUUAAAGAUUGGGAUUAAGAGGUGCCUGUUUCCUCCGGUUUGGUAAAGGGCAGGAGUGAUGUGUGAGAUGACCUCACAGAACCACUGCAGAGGUGGGAAUGUUCGGCUCCUUAGCAGACCUGAGCUCUGAGCUGUGGGCCUUUCUUGGGAAGUGCAGCUCUGUGUUAUUUCAUCCUAAAAAAACGAAGAUAUUCUGAGGAUAGUUGGCUUGAAAGCCCAUGUCAGAACCACCACUGUGCUGUGUGUGAAUUGGACAGGCCUCGGGCUGAGCAGCUGAGUUGGGUUGGUUGCCAGGUGGUGGCUGGAAGGUGCGUCAGCACAAAGGUUUGUCUGGGGCAGAGUUCCUCCUGCUCUCCCUUCCCUCUCAAAUGGCUGUUUCCAGGGGAAAUGGGUUAUUUUUUGAGACUUCGUACAGUGUUUCAGUGAGGAUGAUGAAUCAUCCUUACUCUCUUAGUAAAUUGCUGCCAAAGCCCAGCAGUGAUUUCAGAAAUAAAAAAGGAAUGAGUGUGUUCUCUCCCCUUAGAGAAGCAGCAGCUUUGUAGUACCCUUCAUCUGGAAGAGGUUCCCAGUGCCUGGUCAGGCACUAAGAAGGAAAGGGACAGAGAACCACUCAAUAUCAGCGUAGAGAAAAAAAGGAGUUAUGGACUAAGAGAGAGAGGAACUCCAUUAAAAAUUGGUACUCUCUAAAAAUCUGUUGAGGGCUGGGAUUUGCAGGUCCUGCCUCCACGUGGUGUGUUGUGCCUGGUGUUGCUGCACAAGAUGGGGGGCAGGACUUCAUUGAACGGGCUGUGUUACAGCUCUCAUUGUUACCUGGAAGAAGAGCAAAGACUGCAAGGUGUGAGCCCAGAGCACCUGGAAAAGACAGGGAGUUUUCUUCACGAAAGCAAUGCUUUCAGAAGUGCUUUUGCAGAAAUUCAGACAAACGCUUCUGUUGCCUGACGCUUCUCUUUGCCCCCAGCACAAUGGAGUGCUGCCUUUCCUGCUCCUCUCUGUGAGGUUGCUGUGCUGUGAAUCUGCUGCAGGGUGAGCGGCAGCAGAGUCUUUGCAAGGGAAAUACUUGGUGCUGUAGGUAAACAACAACAAAUACAGCUGGGUAAACGUGGUCAUCUUCCUCUGACAUAUUAGUUGAAGCACAGAAAAAUCCUCCUCCCUUCAUGCUGUUCUCUGCAGGACAGCAAACUGGAAAGCAAGAGUGGGGAAUAGAUGGUGGUGUUUGGUGCUCAGAAAGGCAAGAUGCAAAAGAAACGAGCUGCUUCCUUUGUGCUACCUGUCUUCUUUUGGCAAGGGCUGCUCUGUGUCUGUCUGUCUGUGCACUGAGUCCCGGCUGCUGUGACCUCAGUGUAGCUGGAAUUCUUUUGUACGGAACAAGCUUGAAAUCUCUUGGUAUAAAAACUUGGCUGGCGUUCUGGAGGAGAAAGGCAGUCUUUAAAAAGGUGAAGCAGACUGCUGAGAUGUGCUGAGUGCUCCAGAGUUACUCGCUGUGCGCAGGCUCCCAGGGCGCAGCGCUUUGGUCUGUCGUGCUGACAGGUGUUGUUUGGGGUCACCUGCUAUAAAAUUGAAGGGCUUGCAGGGAGCACAGGGCUGUGGGAUAUUUCUAGGUGUGUUUUCUUCCUGCUCCCGAGUCCAGAUCCCUUCCAAUUGCGAGCAGAACCAAAGGCCGUGAGUGCAGUGCUGAGCUGUGUGUGCCACAGAGCAGAAGCCAGAGACGUGUUUGUGCCCAGCUCCGUGCUGAGGCUGUUAGGAGCAGGUGUGUGUGGGCAUCUGCGCCAGAUGAUCUGGUUGUGAAGGUGCUAAAGGUCAGAAGGGAGCGCUGCUGUUGGAGAAGGAAUCUUUGCCCUUAACUGCUGUUUUUAUUCCCUUUGUCACGCAGUCGAGCCAGCAACUAACGUGAGAACCCGACUUCUCCUCUCUUUAUUUUAGAUUUGGGAAAAUUCCCUGCCAAAAAAAAUAUUUCCUGGAAAAUUCCCUAGUGUUUGUGUGAAGAAAUCUUGAAGACCAGAAAUUCCAACUUACAGAAUUUUAAAUUUUAAAAAUGUGAUAGAAUUAAAACAAAAAUUGCCCGGCUGUGGAAGACGGAGCCUCAUUUUUGCAGCCGCUUUGAUCACGAGUUCGCCUUUAAGUGCGCUGGGUUUUUUCUUUUUCUUUUUUUUUUCCCUUUUUUCCUUUUUUCUCCUCGAAGAGCUCACUAACCCUGGCUGCCUCCGCUCUGAGAGCAUUCCAAUGGACUCGCUUCCUCCAUUAGUUGUAAGAUGUUUAAGAGCACAUCCCGUGUUUGACUUGUGGAUGAGAGGUUCCCUUGGCAAAGUGAGGAGGAAAAUUCUUUCUACCCCUUUAUUAUUAAUUCACGGAUUCAGUGUUGGUUCGGCCUACAGGAGAAGUUAACUGGAAGGCUUUGAAGAUCGCUGUCUUUGCUGAGGUUGUCCAGGGUUCCUUUUAAAAAGAAGAUUUUGCUGAUCCAGGCAGUAGAAGACGUUCAGUCCGAGGAAGCACGAGCCAACUCUUAGAGCACAGGGGACUGCAAGAGAUCCUUGGGACAGAGCUGCUUCCAAGAGCUCGCCCAGCAUGUCGAAGCAAGGAGAUGAUUGCUAUUUCUACUUCUAUUCCACCUGUAACAAGGGAGACAGCUGUCCCUUCCGGCACUGCGAAGCUGCUCUGGGCAACGAAACCAUCUGCACGCUGUGGAAGGAGGGCCGCUGCUUCAGGAAUGUCUGCAGGUUCAGGCACAUGGAGAUCGAUAAGAAGCGCAGUGAGAUCCCCUGCUUCUGGGAGAACCAGCCGGGAGGCUGCCAGAAAUCCAACUGUGCCUUUCAUCACACCAAGGGGCGUUACGUCGAUGGGCUCUUCUUACCACCAAGCAAAACCACGCUGCCGAGUCCGCCGGAGUCUGCAGAUGAUGAUCUGAAGGCAGCUCAGAUAACACUGCAGCAGAGCAAGCUUUCUGUGCAGUCCAACCCCUCUCCACAGUUGAGGGGAGUGAUGAAAGUGGAAAACUCAGAAAAUGUGCCAAGCCCUACGCACCCUCCAGUUGUAAUCAAUGCUGCAGACGAUGAUGAAGAUGAUGAUGACCAGCUUUCUGAGGAGGGAGAAGAAACAAAAACACCUGUCCAGCAACCAGCUGAGGAAAACCAUAACGGAUUGCGGAUAAUUUCCACCAGGAAAUCUAAUGCUGAUACAAAACAAGAUGACACCUUGAAUUUUGGAAUAAAAACGCUGGAAGAAAUCAAAUUGAAGAAGCAAAAGGAAAAAACAAAAAAACAGAGCGAAGGGCCUUCAGGAGUUCCUGCUCAUCCGCUCCAAUCUCGGGCCGUUCCUGUGCCAGAGAAGGAGAACGUGAGGACAGUGGUCAGAACUGUGACACUGUCUGCAAAGCAAGGGGAGGAGCCUGUGGUUCGACUGAGUAUUGCUGAGAAACCUGGAAAACGGAAAGCCUCUGUUGCUGAUGUCAGUGGCCUCCCGCUGAAGCGCAGCCUUGCAGAAAGGCUGGGGAAGAAGAUUGAGGUUGACAAAGCACCAAGGAGAGAGAAGGGUGCCAAGCCAGCAGCAGAGAUCCACGUGAAAACGCUGGAGGAGAUCCGUCUGGAGAGAGCUAACCAGCGGGGAGAAAGCCCAGCUGCCCCCCAGGCAGAGAGCUGCUGCAGGGCGGAGGAUCCCAGCGCAGGGGGGAGGCCGCCCCCUGCAGGUCGCAUCAAAACCUUCUCGGAAGCCCUGGCUGAAAGGAAACACAAGCGACUGGAAGAAGAGAAACAAAAAGGAGAGGAGUUGCUCACUGAGAAGAGAGCUGAGGGCGAGCGCAGGAAGCAGAGAAUUCUGCCUCCAUCGGUGCCUGGUAAAGUGAAAUUGGAAGAGCCAGCACGUAAAAUCAAGCCUUUGGAAGAAGUGCAUAUUAAAACCUUGGAAGAAAUCAAGCAGGAGAAAGCUCUGCGGAUGCAGCAGAGCGGGGAAAACGUUUCAGCUGCAGCAGCACAGCCUGGGCCUCCCCCUGCAGGGAGGAAGCUGUUGCGGAUCACAAAGCUAGCAGCACCUGGAAGAGAAGAGAAGAAGGCUGUGGAAUUGAGCAGGGCUUCUCCCAGAGCUGUUUCUGCCCCUGCAGAGCCCUCGGAUCAGAGCACACCAAAUUCUAAAGCUCAAGUGAAGAGCCUUGAGGGGACAAUAAAGGAGAAGCCGCAGCUGAGACAACCGGACAAGCUGAAGAAGGAAGUGGCUGCUGUGCCACCUGCUGCUGAAGAGACAGUCAAAGCCAAGUGCAAGGCGAGCGCGAAGCCUGCAGACGGCAAAGCCGGCGCCCCCUCGAAGCGGGCGCUGAAGAGGAAGGCGGCUGAGAUCUCUCCCUCUGCUGUGGCAGCCGUGAAACCUCUGAGUAGUGCUGGAAGUGAGGAGCCUCCAGCUAAAAAAGCAGCUCUGACUGCUGCUCCAGCCCUGCCUGACGACAGCCUGCUCACCAAGCCUGGCGCAGAGAAACCCCCCAGCAGCCUUGAACUGCAUCGGGGGAGCCAAGCAGACCAUGGGGAGCAGUCGGAGCACUCGAGUGCAGCUUCAGCUUCUUCCCAGUCGGCGGCCAAAGCGCAGCAGCUGAGCUCCACGGGGGCUGGGAAGGCGCCCUUGUCUGUGGAGGAUGACUUUGAAAAGCUGAUCUGGGAAAUCUCAGGAGGGAAACUGGAAGCAGAAAUUGACUUGGACCCGGGGAAGGAUGAGGAUGACCUCCUUCUUGAACUUUCUGAGAUGAUUGACAGUUGAACUGCAGUCUUAUGGUAUAUAAAAAAAAAUUAAAACUUUUUUUUUUUUUUUUUCUCAUUGGAUACCCCGGGGUGAUACUUUUUCUGAAGGAGGCUUCACCGUGAGUCUUAAAGCACAGUUGAACUGGUAGAAAUUGGCAGCCUGCAUUCCGUUGUCCUGAGUUUUCCUGCUGGUCAGAGCUGAGGUCCUGCGCGUCCAUUCCCUGAUCCUGGUUGGCUCCUGUCAGCAGCAAGAGGAGAAAGCAGCUCUGACUCAGCCCUGAGGGCGUCCAGCUGUGCGCUGCGCUGGCUGCGAAUUGGUCUGAUCCAGGGAUGCUCUGAAGGCUUAAAGCUGAAGCUUCUUCCUUCCUCCUCCCUUGGCCGCGCUCAGCGUGGGGAGCAGCUGGAAGCUUUGCUGUUCCUGUUUCUUGGGAGCUGCCGUGUCUCUGGAGUUCUGCCGGCUCUUGUUCCGUUGGUGUUUGCUUUUGUUUUGACUUGGAUCCCUCAAGGCAACUUCGUGACGGCGGAGGGCUGGGAGGGAGCAGAAUUAUUCUGGUGUUUUGGACCAAACGUGCCACCGAGGCUGGGGGCUCCGCGCUGCCUCCCGGUUCUCAGCAGCGAUGCGGCAUCAGUGUGAGAAGGAGCCGCGCUGCAGUGCGUUGCUCUCACCCCCUUUUUUUUAAUCGUACUUCGGACGCGUUCUGGUCGGAGCCGGGUGCCGGGGCGAGCGGCCUGCGUUCCUCUGCUCCGCGGCAGGCGGGGCUGUCGAGGAUCGGCGGCGGCGCCUCUGGGCUCCCGGAGCUCCCUGCGCUGGGGCCGGAGCUGCUGCGGCACCGGGCGCUGUGCGAGGGCAGCGGGGAGCGGCGCGCGGCUGUGGCCCUGCGGGACGGCUGUGCUGCUGCCCCGCUCUGCUCCGUGUUUUCUCUCGCAGAUAACUUCGGGAUUAUUUUCUUAACUUGUAGCAGAACUUCAGGCUUUUCCUACUGUGACGUGUGAUGCCGCAGGGGCUCCCAGGCGUUUGCUGCCGGCAGAGGCGUUUAUUGUAAAUACUUCAUUUCUGUGCUGUGCCGCCCCGCAGCGAUGCUCGGCUCAGGUGAGCGGAGCGCAGCCGGCCGGGCCGCUGGGGGCAGCGCUGUGGGCGCCGUGCAGCCCUGGGCCGGCUGAAGGAUGCCGUGAUUCAGCAGAAGAUUUUGUGAUUUUCUGCUGUCAGCCUUCGCCUCUGGGUGGGACUCUGCCCGUUUUGUGUAUGCCGUUAUUGUUACUGUAAAUAUUUUAUCUUUCAUUUUAUAUUUGCCUUCUAUUUAAGAUAUUGUAUGAACGUAGUCAGGCUCCUCUGUUUGCGCCAGCGGCUCCCGGCUGUUUUUAAAUAAAGCUGGCACAGGACA